AAGGUCUAUUUUCAUGUCCAUAUAUACCUACUUGAUAGAACCAACCCAUUUCCAUUUUCUGCAACUCUUACUCUUGUUAAGAGAUAUAAUCGAAGCACAAAAGAGAGAGUUAAAUUCAACAAAAUACUUUCUUUUCUUUCUAUUCCUUCUUUGUUUCCUUACCAGGUUAGUGAACUGAACAGACAAACACCAAAAUCAAACGUUGCAAUCACGGAUUUCCCUAAUCAAGAACCGGAUGGCCCUUCCCAUAGGAAAUCGGGAAGAGGCAAAAUUGAAAUCAAACGAAUUGAAAAUACUACAAACAGGCAAGUCACCUUUUGCAAGCGCAGAAAUGGGUUGCUCAAGAAAGCUUAUGAACUAUCUGUGCUUUGUGAUGCUGAAGUUGCUCUUGUAGUCUUUUCUAGCCGCGGCCGCCUCUAUGAAUAUGCUAAUAACAGUGUAAGAGCAACAAUUGAUAGGUACAAGAAAGCCUGUUCAGAUUCCACAAAUCCAGCAUCUGCUUCUGAAGCUAACACUCAGUUCUAUCAACAAGAAUCCUCCAAACUACGCAGGCAAAUCAGGGAAAUUCAAAAUUUCAACAGGCAUAUUUUAGGUGAGUCACUUAGUUCUAUGACCUUUAAGGAUCUCAAAAACCUGGAAGGCAGGUUGGAGAAAGGAAUCAGUAGAAUUAGGUCCAAAAAGAAUGAAAUGUUAUUCGCUGAGAUCGAAUACAUGCAGAAAAGGGAGAUUGAGCUGCAAAAUGACAAUAUGUAUUUGCGAGCAAAGAUAGCUGAGAAUGAGAGAGCACAGGAGCAGCAACAGCAACAGCAAACAAACCUAAUGCAAGGGUCUGUGUAUGAAUCUGUACCUUCACAGCAAUAUGAUCGGAACUUCAUUCCUGUAAACCUCCUUGAACCCAAUCACCAUUACUCUCGCCCAGAUCAUACUGCUCUUCAACUUGUGUAAAAUGCAAUGAAGUGAUCGCUAAUCUGCUUUUGCAUUUCAUCUUAUCUAUGGUAGAUCUAAAGUAUAGUCUAUCAAUUUGAGAAAACAAUAUGGAAAUGACUUUUAGUUUGAUAGACAGAUUUGAAUUUUAAUGGUCAAAACAUGUUUAUUUCUAUGCCAAUUAAUUGGGGUUUGUUGCC